AAACAUAUGAUUUUGCGUUUUGGCCGUGGCUACAGAAAUCAAAUAAGAAAAGGGUUGAUCAGCUUUGUAAGGGGCACUUGGAAAAUAUUAUAACGAAACAUGGCUAUUCGAUUAACUCAGAAACUGCUGCAAGCCCAGGUGCCCUUCCUAACACGAGGAUAUCCCCUGCUGGUGACCAAGGAAAAAACUGAAGACGUGGCACACACCAAAUCGGCUUUGCAAAAGAAAGUAACGGACACGGAUAUACCCUCGGCGCAAUAUGGUGGCCGUCAUGGGGUCACUAUGCUGCCCGGCGGUGGCAUCGGACCCGAAUUGAUGGGCUAUGUUCGUGAGAUCUUCAGAUAUUGUGGUGCUCCCAUUGAUUUUGAGGUAAUCGACAUUGAUCCCUCCACCGAGGGCAAUGAUGAUCURGACUAUGCWAUUACCUCYAUYAAGCGUAAUGGCGUGGCACUCAAGGGUAAUAUUGAGACAAAAUCGCAAAGUUUAAGCGAAGUCUCCCGCAAYGUGGCYAUCCGCAAUGAGCUUGAUCUCUACGUGAAUGUGGUGCACUGCAAGUCAUAUCCAGGCAUUCCUGCGCGCCACAAGGACGUCGAUGUUGUGCUCAUCCGCCAGAACACGGAUGGUGAGUAUGCCAUGUUGGAGCAUGAGUCUGUGCGCGGCGUUGUGGAGAGCAUGAAGGUGGUUACUGURGACAAUGCCGAGCGUGUGGCACGCUAUGCCUUCGAAUAUGCGCGUCAGAACAAUCGCAAACGCGUGACAACCAUCCACAAGGCAAACAUCAUGAAGCUGUCGGACGGUCUGUUCCUGGAAGUAGCCAAUCGUGUGCACAAGGACUAUCCCGAGCUGGAGCAUAACAACAUGAUUAUUGACAACACUUGCAUGCAGGCUGUCUCGAACCCCCACCAGUUCGAUGUCAUGAAUAUGACUAACUUGUAUGGCACAAUUGUGUCGAACGUGAUUUGUGGACUGAUUGGCGGCGCUGGUCUAAUCUCUGGACGCAACUAUGGCGAUCACUAUGCCGUCUUUGAGCCUGGCACCCGUAACACAGGCACUGCCAUUGCCGGCAAGAAUAUAGCCAAUCCCGUGGCCAUGAUCAAUGCCAGCAUUGAUAUGUUGAAUCAUUUGGGCCACAAGGAGCAUGCGCAGGUUAUCUAUGACGCUACCUACCAGACAAUUGUUAACGAUGCUAUUCGCACGCCAGAUCUCGGCGGAACUCACAGCAGCACCGAUGUGGUUGAGAACAUUCUCAAGAUCUUGAGUGCCAAGCGUGUGAAUUGGUAAAAUAAUUGACUUGCAUUAAAUAUUUAAGCAUA